AUGGGUUCCAACGAUCUCAUCCGACUCUCCUGCAAGAAAGCUGCAGCUAGUGAUCCCAAUUUGCGCUACAAGUUCUGUGUUUCAAGCCUUGAGGCCAUCCCCCAAAGCCAUGGAGCAGACCUUGAGCAACUUGUAGCCAUUACACUUAACCUCACCAUAUCCAACGCGACCAGCAUCACUUCCACCAUUUCGAAGCUUUUGGUCGAGAAACAAUUCGACAAGUAUGCAAAGGAGUGCUUGGAAGACUGUUUAGAGCUGUAUUCGGAUGCCGAUCUUACCCUACAGGACGCUGUGGGUGCCUUGAAGGCCAAGGAUUAUGGUAAAGCUAACAUAGAAAUCAGUUCUGCCAUGGAUGCAUCUAGCACUUGUGAAGAUGGGUUCUUGGAGAAGAAAGGUGAAGUUUAUCCAUUGAAAAGGGAGAAUGAUCACUUCUGCCAAUUGAACAUCAUCUCUCUUGCUUUUAUCAACACAUUAGCUCAGGAUCAUAAAUAA